AUGGAUGUGUGUGGGUCUGACACCACAGCAGACCUUGAUGUUCACAUUGCCACCCCAGUCAAAAUUUUGCACACAUUUUUGCUAGGCAUAGUCAAGUACCUGUGGAGUGCUCUGAUCGAACACCUUGAGGUGAAAGCCACUCAAGUGCCAGACAGACCCACACAUCCCCUCGACACUGGAGGAGUAGCUCUGCUGGAGAUGAGACUGGUGUCUCUACACAAAAGUGGAUGGAAUGUACCCAAAAUCAACACUGCCUAUAUGAUUCAACACCACUGGCAACUUGUGGGGAAGCAUUUCAAGACAUUGGCCCAGUGCAUGCCAUUCAUCAUUGAGGACAUAGUCGCCUUGCAGAUGCUUGAGGCUUGGGUUCUGGUUGGCAUGACUGGGGUCAUGUUAUGGUCAUAUGAUGUGGUCAAUAAGGUAGAAUUUGAGUUGCAGAUGAUGAUGACCAUGCUCAUUCAUGCAGUUGCAAGGAUUGAUCCCAUCAAGAUGAUUAGCAAGAUGAAGCUUCACAUAGCCAUGCACACCAUGGAUGACUUCAAGCAGUUAGAACCAGUGGUUCUAUACUCAACUGAAUGGUACAAAUUGUUCAAUUUUGUUUUCUGA